AUGGCGACCACAGCAUCUAAUCACUACAUUACGAGCAGCAACAUCCUCACCUCCAACUCCAUCGUGCACGCAGAGCCAGGGAGCAUGCAACAAGGGACAGCCUACAGGGAUGCACAGAAACUGGUCCAGAAUGAUUACAUGCAAAGCAAUGGACACCCUCUCAGCCACGCUCACCAAUGGUUAACGGCUCUCUCCCACGCCGAGGGCUCCCCCUGGUCGGCCGGCGUUCCGGCCAGCCCCCUCGGUCAGCAGGACAUCAAGCCCUCGGUGCAGUCCGGGAGGGACGAGCUGCAUAGCGGGGGCACCCUACACCACCGGCCCCCUCACAUGGUCCACCAGCACGGCAAUCACCACGGGGCGUGGGGCAACAGCACCUCCGCCCACCUGCCUAGCCUGGCUUCCAACGGCCAGAGCCUCAUCUACUCGCAGCCCGGCUUCACCGUCAACGGCAUGAUCAACCCGGCCGGCAGCCAGGCCAUGCACCACGGGCUGCGGGAGGCUCAUGAGGAGCACCACCGGGAGCACGUCCCGCACCACCAGCAGCACCCACCGCACCAUCACCACCACCACCACCAGCACCAGGGCCACGAGCACUCGGACGAGGACACCCCCACCUCGGACGACUUGGAGCAGUUCGCCAAGCAGUUCAAGCAAAGGAGGAUCAAGCUCGGAUUUACCCAGGCCGAUGUGGGACUCGCUCUCGGGACGCUGUACGGCAAUGUCUUCUCGCAGACCACCAUCUGCAGGUUCGAGGCGCUGCAGCUCAGCUUCAAGAACAUGUGCAAACUCAAGCCCUUGUUGAACAAGUGGCUGGAGGAGGCUGACUCCUCGUCCGGAAGCCCCACCAGUAUAGACAAAAUCGCUGCCCAGGGCAGGAAGAGGAAAAAGCGGACCUCUAUCGAGGUGAGCGUCAAAGGGGCUUUGGAGAGCCAUUUUUUGAAGUGCCCCAAGCCCUCGGCCCAGGAGAUCAACUCUCUGGCGGACAGCCUGCAGCUGGAAAAAGAGGUGGUCAGGGUUUGGUUUUGUAACAGAAGACAGAAAGAGAAACGAAUGACUCCUCCCGGAGGAGCUCACCCCGGAGCCGAGGAUGUAUAUGGGGCCAGAGACACUCCGCCGUCACAUCAUGGGGUUCAGACUUCUGUACAGUGA